AUGUCGCCAACAACCAAGCUCUCCCUGCCGGACGCCCGGCCCUACCCCUUCACUUUCCCCCCGGCGACCACCGCCUUCAUCAUCAUUGAUAUGCAAAGAGAUUUUCUGGAUCCGAACGGAUUCGGAUCCAUUCAAUGCGGAAAUCCUGAAAUCUUCUCCUCGGUACGCAACAUUGUGAAGAAUGUUCAGAAGGCACUCGAGGUUGCCCGCGCCAUGGGAAUGCAGGUCAUCCAUACUCGGGAGGGUCAUCGCCCAGAUCUCUCGGACUUGCCCGCGGCGAAGAAGCUGAGACAAAUCAGUGCACCACAUGGUCAUCACACGAUGGGUAUCGGGGAUCAAGGUCCGAUGGGAAGGCUGUUAGUGAGAGGAGAAUGGGGCCACGACAUCAUUGACGAGCUUAAACCAUAUCCCGGGGAGCCGGUCAUCGACAAACCAGGAAAGGGGAGUUUUUGGGGCACUGGACUGCAUAGAACACUCUUGGCGAGAGGUAUCACGCACUUGCUCUUUGCGGGCGUCACAACAGAGUGCUGUGUGACAACGACAUUGCGAGAAUGUAAUGAUCGCGGAUAUGAAUGUUGCAUUCUAUCCGACUGUACGGGUGGGUUCGAUCAGCAGAUGGUGUCUACCUCACUCGACAUCAUAUGCGGCCAGGAUGGUCUCUUCGGAUACAUCGGUCAUAGCUCGAGCUUUAUUACCGAAGCAGAGAGGGUUUGCGCAACGCAACGCCAUGCGCCUGCUGAUUUGGGUCAAUCCGGUCUUCCUUGUAUCGCUGAGCUACUGCGACAAUACAAAAGCGGUAUCGUGAAUCCCGAAACCAUUGUUCAAUCCGUUUUCGACAGGAUAGAGAAAUAUGAGUCAAUCGAUCCUGCCGUUUGGAUCUCCAAGCAGUCUCGAGAAGGCGCCCUGGCAGCAGCCAGGGCUCUGUCUACGAAAUAUGCGGGAAAGCCUUUACCUCCGCUGUUUGGAAUUCCGUUUGCCGUGAAGGAUAGCAUUGACGUGGUGGGCGUCGUCACAACGGUAGCUUGUGAGAGCUACGCGUACACUGCCGACUCAACAGCUCCUUCUGUGCAGCACCUACUUGACGCAGGCGCCUUGUAUAUUGGAAAAGUGAAUCUGGAUCAGCUUGCGACCGGUCUUUCAGGAUGUCGAUCUCCGUUCGGUAUUCCGCACUGUGUCUACAGCUCAGCCCAUAUUUCCGGUGGCUCUUCCUCAGGAUCAGCCGUCGCCGUGGCCGCGGGACUGGUUUCAUUUGCUGUUGCAACUGAUACGGCUGGAAGCACUCGGGUCCCUGCGGCGUUGAAUGGCAUCGUCGGCUUUAAACCGACCAAGGGCACCAUCUCUGCCAGGGGAUUGGUGCCGGCAUGUAAAAGUCUCGAUACCAUUACCAUCAUGGCACCUACUCUGCGAGAUGCGCGGGAUGUUUGGUAUAUCAUGGACCAGCAUGAUUCCUCGGAUCCGUAUGCAAAGACGCCUAGUGGUCUGUCGACCUGGAAGGUGGACUUCCGAGGCCCAAAGGAAGGCGGCUUCACGUUUGGCAUCCCUCCACCUUCAUUACUGAACAUGUGCUCCAAAGAAUAUAAAGAGUCUUUUGAAGCUGCCGUGGAGAAGUUGCAGUCCUGUGGUGGUAGACUGGUCCACGUCGAUUAUUCGCCAUUUGCCAAGGCCGGUGACUUGCUCUACGAUGGAUCUCUCGUGCACGAACGUCUCGCAUCCAUGGGCCACGAGUUCUUCGCGAAUAACAUUGACACACUACAUCCCACGACAAGGUACAUAUUUCAAUCUGCUCUUUCUUCUGAGGUCAAGGCCUGGCAAGUAUUCCAGGACCAAGCUGCACAGUCUCAGUAUACUAUGGAAGCACGCAAAACCUUUGACACAUUGGAAGGUGGAAUAGACACGUUGGUUGUGCCGAGCGUACCUUUCCACCCCACAAUCAAAGAGAUGCUAGAUGAUCCCCUGGUUUUGAACUCCAAGCUGGGCACCUUCACACACGCAGGCAACGUUGUCGAUUUAUGCGGUGUCAGUGUUCGAGCUGGAUGGGUGAAGGAGAACAAAGUGAAGCUCCCGUUUGGAAUCACCUUCCUUGGCGGAAGUGGCUACGAUGGAAAGGUUCUUGAUAUCGCGGGAGUUUUUGAGAGUUCUGUCGAGCGCUGA